AUGAAUGUUCGCUCUUCUACCACUGCAGGCCCCGCCAGUGUUUCCAGGGCCUGGAGCUAGGCCUUGGACAGCCUCAGUGGGAACCACAUCUCUCAGGCAUUACAGAGAGUUUUCUCUCAGUAUAUGCCUGCCUACCUGGCCACGUACCCAGACUUUUGGGCAUUGGCCCUGGUGCUGCUGCUUAUGGGAGUACCGAUUCUGGGAGCUCGUCAGUCAGCCCUGGUUACUAACCUGUUCACAGGCAUCAACAUUUCGGUUCUCAGCUUCAUCAUCAUCUCUGGCUUCAUUAAGGGAGACCUGCACAACUGGAACUUCACAAAACAGGACUACAGAUCGAACACAUCUGGAUCUGAUGACACCUAUAGCUUGGGCCCUCUGGGUUCUGGAGGGUUUCUGCCUUUUGGCUUUGAAGGGAUUCUCCAUGGAGCAGCAACAUGUGUCUAUGCUUUUCUUGGUUUUGACAUCAGUGCCACUACAGGGGCAGAAGCCCUGAACCCUCAUCGUUCCAUCCCCUGGAGCAUCUUGAUCACCAUCUUCAUCUGCUUUCUGGCGUACUCUGGAGUCUCAGCCGCGCUCACCCUCAUGGUGGCCUACUACCUGAUUCACCCCGUGAGCCCCUUGCCGCAGGCUUUUUUCCAUGUUGGGUGGGGCCCUGCCAGAUACGUUGUGGCUGUUGGCACCCUCUGCGCUCUUUCAUCCAGCCUGGUGGGGGCCUUGAUCCCCAUGCCCCGUGUGAUCUACUCAAUGGCAGAUGACGGGCUCCUUUCGGGACUUGCCCGCAUCCACGCCCGCACCUAUACCCCCGUCACAGCCACCUUAGCUUCUGGAAUUCUUGCAGUUACUGUGUUUUUACUCUUUGAGUUCAGUGACCUUGUGGAGCUCUCAUCAAUUGGGAUCCUGCUCGCUUACAUCAUGGUGGAUUUUUCUGUUCUUGUUCUCAGACACCAGCCAGACCAGAACUUAAGCAAGAAUGAGAAAGCAAAAAAUGAAAUUGAGAUUUGUGAACGUGACACAAGUUCUCUGGACCCUGUACCAGAAGCAGGAACCUCGUGGAUUCUAAAGAGACUGUGUGACCCUAUCCACAUCACCCCCACCCAGAAAUCUGGCCAGAUUGUCUGUGGAUGUGCAUUCCUGCUAGUUCUCCUGCUGAUUAUCCUGAGCCUGGUCCUGGCCCAGUGGCCCAGCCAGGUGUUCUCUGGAGACCCCGUGCUCACAACAGUGGCUGUGCUGCUGCUGCUGCUCAUCACUGGGGUCACGGUCAUCAUCUGGAGGCAGCCCCAGGACCCCACUGCUCUUCACUUCAAGGUCCCUGCUCUGCCUGUCCUCCCACUGGUGAGCAUCUUUGUGAACAUUUACUCGAUGAUGCAGAUGACCUCUGGGACCUGGGCCCUAUUUGGAGUCUGGAACGUGACUGGAUCUGUCAUAUACUUAGGAUAUGGGAUCCGACACAGCCUGGAGAACAAUGAGCCACAGCCACCAGCCUCCACCUCCCAGAAUCUUGACAAAAACAUCCCCGGUGCUGGUUCAUCUUAA